UGUGAUGAACAAUUACCAGCAUGCAAAUCUUGCACUUUCCAUCGGUUGGAUUGUCAGUAUAGGAGUCUGGAAUCUCUAGUCCAUAAGAAUGAUUCUAGCAUUCAGAUUCCAAGACAGAACGAAGUGUUACAACUUGACAUAAGACUCCUAGAAGCAAAUUUACUGCACCAUUAUUAUACCGACCCCGAUAUAAUACAGACAGAAGACACUCACUUCUGGCGUUCAGUUAUUCCAAAAAAUGCCAUGCGGGAGCCGUUUGCUUUGGAGAGUCUUUUAGCAUUCACUGCCCUUCAUAAAGCGUAUCUCGAAACCAACCAAAGAAGGUUCUGGGUGAUGACUGCAUUGAGCUAUAACGACAAAGCCUGCUCGAAGCUAUCGGAAAUUGUGGGCCGCAUUUCCGCAAGCACAGCACAGGCCGCGUUAGCAUGCUCUAUCUUCAUCACACUCUUUGUCGUUGCACAGCAUCAGUUCUCAACUCCCUUCAGUUAUCUGGGUGAGGUUUUCCGGAUCAAAAGUCUUAUCCAAGGCUGCACACUUCUAUGCAGCCAAACCCUGUCAUCUGAUUCCGACAUUAUCUUGUCAGCCAGUCAAGGCGAGGAUAGCGGAAAUGAUAAGCAAAUAUCUCGAGAACGACGCGCAAAUUCAAAACUGCACCAGCAACCCGAUACAUAUCUCUCUUCGCCAAAUCACCAAGUGUACAUUGUCACCGUGAAAACUCUCCUUGACAUGUUUGGUGGCAAAAACGCAAACGGACAUCUUCCAUCUAUAUAUUCAUGGCCUCAUUCCUUCCAAGGCGCAUUUAUAGACCUGCUGCAAGCUCGGGACUUUGUUGCUCGUCUUAUCUUCCUCCUUUAUCCCUGGAGACUUCACAUAUUCAAGGACUACUGGUAUAUUGGAGAGUUUGGCGAGAAGCUUGCCGAUGAACUUUUCCCAGCUGAUGAACCCAUACCUGCUGACUGGAUGGAAAUAUUUCAGUAUUUGAAAGAGCAGUUCAAAAGUCCUGCUGAGUCAACUUGA